GCAGUAACUUCAAGGCUGGCAAUGUUCUGAGGUCCCAACAACAAGCAAAGAAACUUGAUGUUACAGGAGGGUUUGGAGCUUCCUGUCGUCAUGAAAUGCCGCUAAUGUUUGUCAACAUGAGCCAAGGAGAAAAAUUAGCCUAUCCUCUGUAUGUCAUUGAUGAGCUUCUUCGAAGACGUGAGGACAAGAACAUACACCUCAGAGUAGUCUAUGACAUUGCCUGUGUUGUUGCCUCACAUUUGCGUAAAUCCGGGGAGGGCAUACCACAAAACAUCUCCUUGGCCGUACCAGCUUUUCACAUUUAUGGACACAAAUUGCCCUGCCAGAUCAAGUACAGCACCAGGCGGCUUGAAGGGUUUGGGCUCACAGAUGGGGAAGGAAUGGAAAGGCUGUGGUCUUUCCUCCGAAGAUUUGCCAGAGUCACAAAGGAGAUGACUCCAUCUCACCGCCUUGACCUGCUGACUGAUGCCCUUUUACAUUAUGGACGGAGGAAAUCAACUGACCUGGAGGUCCAGCUCCUGCAAAGAUUAGACAGAGCAGAGAAAAUAUCAAUUCUCGCUCAAGAAGACAUCUCAUCUGUCAUCAGAGAGGCACCAGUGUUGGUUUCUGAGCGAGACAUGGAGAGAUGGAAGAAAAGGGAGAUCAAACUAGCCCAACAGAAACAGAAACCAAUACACACUGUCUGUAGAUGGAAAAGGGACUACAUCACCAAGCUGAUUCAGUUCUACAAGUUCAAAUCUGGAACUCGUGAGUUGUACAUGGAGGAUGGAACAGAAAUUGAGAACUCUCUGCUGAACAUGGAAACAAAACACCGCAUUGGGAGAAGAUGGAAAGAAUCUGAUUUCGACUUCCAGUCUACCCUUAAAGAUGUUGACAGUGACCUCAGAGGCCAACUUAUAUGCAAGGCAAGAACUGAAUCAAGGGAGAGAGCAGUCCUCCUCUAUCUGAAAAGAAAAUAUCCAGAUGGGCAGGGCAUUGCCAUUAGACUGUCCAAGCAGGUAGCCAACAAGAGACUGAGACAAGCAAUCAAGGAAUACAACCGUAUUCAGUGGCCACCGCAGAUGAGCAUCUUCCCUGCAACAAUUGAUUUUCAGGAAGCAUGCGAUCCUCUUGGCCUGUCUACUUCUGCUCUGAUGAGACUGUAA